AAAUCUAUUAUCACCUACUCGACGAAGCGACAACUCUUCAAAUACGACGAUGACGAGGAUAUCCAAGGACACGACGUCGGUGACAUCGCAAUAUCUUAUAUUUGAUUUUGAUCCGGAAAUUGACGUUCACCAAGUGCAUGUGCGUUAUCGGGGUGCAUUUUCCCAGGAAUAGUUCAAUCACCCGCGAACGUUUGCACGCUAGGAGCGCUGCUGCACUACCUUUAGUGCUAACAAUGAGAAAAGCUGUAAUAUUGAGCCUAGGCGCGCGCUGAGAAUCUUGAUUGUAUCUUGGGGGUGUGUUUCGCGUCAAUGUAAUCUCAGUCAGUUCUUUUGAAAUCCACUUGUCACGGGACACCGGAUUCGAAUGAGAUGUUCGUUAUUCCGCGACGAUGAUUUUGGCUUCUUUAUAAUUCGCAUCGAUGUGCUAUCCUACGACAAUAUAUCGUACUCGCACUACAUGUUUAGUUGAAUUUGUGAGAAGCGGGAAAGUAACAACGCUGGCUUCUGAUUGGCCGUCGAUAAAAUUGAGCCAUCGGAGCGGGGGGUACGGCGUUAUCGAUUUAAAUUUGGUUUCACGGGUAGCACGCGUCGGAUACGCGAAGAGUCAGGCGGUAGUUCGUUUCUGCGUGUUCUGUUGCAGUAUACUAUAGUUGCACACGAUACAGUUGAAGAAUAAUCAUGUCGGCGCGCGCUAGGUUAGGUCUUGACCGAGAUGACAAUAACGGAGACAUUAAAAUAAGGGAAUCCGAGGACUAUGGGCGCCGGGAAGUUCUACCAAACAGGACGGACGCCAGGCGCUCCGAUAUGUCAAUAAACAUUGACGCUCCCACGGUCGUCAAAGGGACGAUUCCGAAACACCGGCAAGAUCUACUGAGAUGGAAUGGAUGGGGCUACAAAGACUCGCAGUUUCGUGUCAACGACAAACAGCAAUUAGAGUUCACUGGAAAAAGGUACCUUAUCGGAAACCGCCCGCUCCCCUAUUUCACCGAAUGGGUACUGCAGGUCUUCAACGUUGAUGUAAACAGAACAUUUUCUGCCCAACCUUUGCCACAGAGCUACCCGGAGCCUGUCGUCGCUUCGGAAUUCAUCGACAGUCUCGAGCACGAAAACAUCGAAUACUCCACCAAAGGCAUCGACCGGCUCGUCAGAGCCCAUGGACACACCCUCCGAGAGGUGUUCCUCCUUAGGCAAGGAACUUUACCCCGGAUACCCGACAUUGUCCUAUGGCCGAAGUCCCACGAAGAAGUGGAGAAGAUAGUCAGGCUAUGCGGAAAGUAUAUGGUAGCUUGCAUUCCCUUCGGUGGCGGCACAAGUGUCAGCGGUGCCACGACGUGCCCUUCAGGUGAACUUCGGACCAUAGUUUCGCUGGAUACAACGCAAAUGAACAGAAUUCUCUGGAUCGAUCGUGAGAAUUUACUCGCUUGUUGCGAGGCUGGAAUUGUUGGGCAAGAUCUGGAACGAGAAUUGAAGAAACGCGGACUGACAUCUGGUCACGAACCCGACUCCUACGAAUUCUCGAGUUUGGGAGGAUGGGUGGCGACAAGGGCGAGCGGCAUGAAAAAAAACGUGUAUGGGAACAUCGAGGAUCUGGUGGUUCGAGUGAGAAUGGUCACCGGGAGGGCAGGAGCAGGUGGAAAUAGCGAAGAAGUAACAUUGGAGAGGGGUGCUCAGGUGCCUCGGGUCUCUGUGGGACCAGAUUUCGAUCACAUGAUCUUGGGGAGUGAGGGCACCCUUGGCGUCGUAACGCAGGUAGUUCUCAAAGUGCGACCGUUACCAUCGGUAACCAAGUAUGGGAGCAUCGUCUUUCCGGACUUCGAGAGUGGAGUCCGCGCAAUGCGAGAGGUGGCUCGCCAGCGUUGUCAGCCAGCUAGUAUUCGCCUGAUGGACAAUGAGCAAUUCCGAUUCGGCCAAUCACUUCGUCCGGAAGCCAGUUGGGGGGGCAUAAUUCUCCAAGGAUUGAAGCAGGCCUACGUGACAAGGAUCAAAGGGUUUGACUGGAACUCAAUUUGCGUUGCUACGCUCCUAUUCGAGGGUGAAUCGAAGGACGUUAAUGUCCAAGAGGAAAAGAUUUACAAACUUGUAAAGGAGUUCGGCGGUAUUCCUUCGGGUGAAUCGAAUGGUGAAAGAGGUUACACAUUGACAUUCGUGAUUGCCUAUAUUCGGGACAUAGGGCUAGAGUUUGGAGUAGUAUCGGAAUCCUUUGAGACUUCGGUUCCUUGGGACCGAGCAUAUUCUCUUUGUCGCAACGUCAAACACAGGGUCAGCAGUGACUGCAAAACUAUUGGCGUAACGCACUUGCACAUAUCAUGCCGUGUAACGCAAACCUAUGAUUCUGGCUGCUGCAUUUACUUCUACAUGGCUUUCAAUUAUAAAGGGUUGUCCGAUCCUGUCGACGCUUAUGAACGAAUCGAGCAUAACGCCCGCGAAGAAAUAUUGUCAAAUGGCGGUUCUCUUUCCCAUCAUCACGGCGUUGGAAAACUUCGUGCCUGUUACUAUCCUCAAGCGGUAGGAGGAGCAGGAGUGGCUCUUUAUCGAGCAGCCAAAGCCCACUUAGAUCCCCUGAAUAUUUUUGCAGCGGGAAAUCUCGACCCGGAGUACAAAGCUGGAGUAACUACUGUGUCGAAGUUAUGAACAUCGAUUAGGUUGGCGCAUACCUUGGUAAACACGCGACAUUGAUCAUCUGUAAAUUUUAUCCAAGAACCCUUUCAGACAAGAAGAGUUCAUUUCCGACAACAAAAUGUGAAUUUUUCCAUUCCAAACUGACUGCUGAGGGUGACCGCUAAUGUCAAAGCCAAAUGUUCAGAAAGAUUUUUAGUGAAUUCUAUUGCCAUUGUGAACAAAAGUUCUUCUUACCCGUGAAUAACAAGGUUAUUAGUUGGUGCGAAUGGUUAGUAUUAGCAUCACUUUGCCAAAAAGUGUACAUAUUACUUUUUUGAAAUGGUUAGCUCUCAGUUUGAACUAUUAGUGACACGCCUGGCUUUUGCUUCACUAACAGUCCAAUGCUUUUGGGCAAACACCGUUACAUGAGCUCACCAGAGGCAUGUCGAGAGGGCGAUAUGAAAAUCCAAAUUGUGCCAGACAUAACGCUAUAGUAAUAAAUUAACUCAUUAGAGUACUAUAGAAGGAUAAUCAUGGGUAAUAGGGAGGUGACGAUUGAAUGAGAGUAAUUAAAUAAUAAAAAGGCACCGUAGUCUUAUAGUACAAAUACAGAAUUGUAAUUGUAACGCUGUUUUUUAUAAGUUAUUAUUAUAAAUAAGGGGGAAAUCUUGA